CGUCAAAAGUUAGAGCUUGGAAGACUUCGUAUUCAAAGCUGUCGUUGACAGGAUCCUGAGUCCUACUUCUAUUAAAUCAUCCGUUUGCCUUUUAUUUUCUUUAAUGGCGAGCCACAGUCAGAAUUUGGGCGAGAGCCAGCUCCUUUCUCGGGAAGACCGCCGUCCCUCCACUCGUGGUCCAGUAUCAGGCAAUAACCAAAAUUCAGGCGCGAAUGCAAGCAAUGGCUCCAGCCCAAGCCCUGCUUUGGGAGCUUCUCGGUCGGGCUCAGAGAUUACAUUGGGAGCAGCAGCUGGUGCAGCAGCGCCUGCUAUUCCUGACGAUGAAAGCGACCAGCACUACCUCGCUGAUGUUCCACUCACUAUGGCAGCCUCAGUCAUGAUUGCUGCGUUGCCUCAUGAUGCUCAUGCUGCCCUGGAAAAUGCAGGCUCAUUGCCACAAGAGAAAGUCACUGUUCGGUUUCAAGCUGUGGGGUCAGCACCGAUACUUCGGAAGAAAGUCUACACAAUCAAAGCAAAAUCGCCUUUCGCUGCUGUUGUUAACUUUCUCCGUAAAAGACCCGAAAUCAAGGGGAACGAUUCAGUGUUUCUCUAUGUCAAUAGUGUGUUUGCACCAAGCUUGGACGAGGAGGUAGGGAAUUUGUACAGGUGCUUCAAGCGGGAUGAUCAAUUAAUCAUCGCAUACUCCACAACUCCAGCUUUCGGGUAGUACUUUUAUGAAAGGUUACAAGCCACCAAAUUUUCAUCCAAAAUGCACUCAGUUCAGGAAAAUUCAGACUAUGCUGUAUAGACGCCAAUUCCCAUGCGGAUAUGCCAAACG